AUGUCUAGUAUUGUAAUAUUCAUGUAAUUGUUAUUUCCAAGUCAAUGAGUAAGCUAAUGAAAAAAAAGAAGGGGUACGAGUAAGCCUAUAGUAGGAUUCACUCAUCCUCAAACUCAUCCUCGCUAAACACAAAGUUCAUUGUUUACUAAGAAGUUAAGAACUUCCACCGACUUCAUUUUGAUUCUAUUACUGUACGUACGUUUUCUCACCCUCUUCCCCUUCCCCUUUCACCUUCCCCUUUCCAUGAUCAAGAUCUUCUGGGAAAGCCAAGUUUUGUAUGGACGUUCAGAGAUUACUUUUUUUCCCCCGAUGAUGCCAGCAUCAUCUAUAGAUUCAACCCGCAGCCCUUGGAUCUCGGGGAGUUUGCUGUUUAUGGGGUUGUUGCUGCAGAAAAGUCGCCGGUUCGGGAAGUGGAGUUGAAGUUGAAAUGGGAGAUACUAGCCACAGCAGUACGUCGCUUCGGCCUUAUCGCUGUCGUCUCUGUGCGUGUAUUAGUGUUAGUAUUUAAUUCCUUCUUCCUCGCCAAAAUAAACCCAAAUCCAGUUCAACUCCAACCCCCAAAAAACAGAGAAGAAGGGCGAACAAAAACAAAGAGUAA